GGGAGAAUGAGUAAGGGCCAGUGCGCAGGCGCAGACCGCUUUCAGUACCUGCAGGCUCUGGUCACAGAGUUCCAGGACACGGACAGUAUAGAAGCCAAAGAACAGGUCCUGGCCAACCUAGCAAACUUCUCCUAUGACCCAAAGAACCUCUCUGACCUCCAGAAGCUGCAGGUUCCGGAUUUGUUUCUGGAUAUGCUGACUGAAGACAAUGAAAAUCUAGUGGAAUUUGGAAUAGGUGGCAUCUGUAACCUGUGUCUGGACAAAGCCAUCAAGAAUCACAUUUUGUCCUCGGGAAGUCUAAGCCUUAUCAUUAACUGUUUGUCCAGUCGCCGGGAAGAGACUGUUCUUUCUGCUAUAACUACACUCAUGUACUUGUGUACAGCUGCUUCUCGAGCUAAAAUCACUACUCUUCCUGUUGUAGAGUGUAUGGUCCGCUUCUCUCUGUCAGACAACCGUAGAUUUUGCAAUUUGGCUAAAGUUUUUCUGGAGGAUUACUGCACUGAACAGCAAGUAGAAGAAGCAAGGUCUCUGAACCAGCACACUGCACUGGGAAUACCUCUUCCCAAAGACUGA